AUGGCUGUAUACCUAGAUUAUAAUGCUACAACGCCGGUUGAUCCGGAUGUACAAGACACCAUCAUUGAAACGUUAAAAAAUGAAUGGGGUAAUCCGAGUAGUUCAUAUUCUCUUGGUACUCAUGCGAAAGAAGCAAUAGAAGAUGCAAGAUUUCAAGUUGCAAAUAUGAUUUGGGCUAGCCCUGGUAAUAUAGUAUUUACGUCAGGUGGCACAGAAAGCAACAUGAUGGUUAUACAAACCGUAAUUAAAAGAUUUUAUGAAGAAAAAAUUAAUGCUCCUAAUUAUACUGAAUCUUUACCUCAUAUUAUUACUUCCAAUAUUGAACAUGAUUCUAUCAAAUUGCCUUUAGAAGAACUUAAAAAUCAAGAAAAAAUCGAUGUUACAUUUGUACCUGUUUCCAAAGUGACUGGUGCAAUCGAAGUUGAUGACAUACUUAAUCAAGUUAAACCAAGUACUUGUUUAAUCACACUGAUGUUGGCUAAUAACGAGACUGGAGUUAUACAACCCAUUAAUUUGUUAAAAGAUAAGCUUAGUGCUUUAAAAAGAAAAAAUAGCCAUACGAUUUACCUUCACACAGAUGCAGCUCAAGCUAUAGGGAAAUUACCUGUUGAUAUUUCUGAAUUAGAUGUUGAUUAUUUGACAAUAGUUGGGCACAAAUUUUACGGUCCACGAAUUGGUGCUUUGUAUUUUAAAACUAACUCCCCGCUGUACCCCAUUUUUUAUGGAGGAGGGCAAGAAAAAUCUUACAGGCCUGGAACGGAAAAUACUUGCAUGAUUGCAGGAUUAGGCCGAGCAGCGGAAUUGGUUUCCAAAAAUCUGAAUGAAUAUAUCCAUACUAUGUCAUCGAUGAAGGAAUAUCUGGAGAAACGCUUAAAGGAAACUUUUAAAGAAAAAGUUAUUUUCAACUGCAAAUCAAUUUGUCCCAUGCUGCCAAAUACACUCAGUGUAGCGUUUAAUUACAACGUAAAUGGUAAAGCUUUAUUAGCAACUUCAGGUAUAUGUGCUAGUACUGGUGCUGCGUGCCAUAGCUCACAAAAAUCAUCUCCUAUCCUCAUUGCAUCUGGUGUUCCUGCAAAUCUAGCAUCAAAGACAUUGCGUUUAAGUGUUGGGAGGGAAACGACCAAAGAAGACAUUGAUGUUGCUGUGAAAAAGCUUCGUGAUGCCAUAAACUCCUUAUCUAAAUAAUUCUUUUCCUUAUUUUGGGCAUGAAACAUGAUGCAUCAAUGCAAUAUGCCAUCAAUACAAUGCCAGAUGUCAUCAAUGCAGUAUACCAAGAGAUGAGUUAUGACAUCCAGGGACUGUCAUUUCAUUCUUGUUAUUGACUAUUCCAGGCUGAUGAGUUCAUAAUAAGGAUGAAACUGCAGUUUUGAAAUGUGAUAACUGAGCUAUUGGUACUUUGCAUGUA